CUCUCUUCCCCAGCAGUCAAGCGACGAACACCCUCCGCAAUCCCCACUCGCCCACCAAAUCCCUCCGCUCCCGCGUCCCGACGAGCACCAGCCACCAGAGAUGGACGCCUCGGGCACCGGAGCCGGAGCGAAGGGGAAGAAGGGCGCGGCGGGCCGCAAGGCCGGCGGGCCGAGGAAGAAGUCGGUGACGCGGUCGGUCAAGGCCGGGCUCCAGUUCCCCGUCGGCCGCAUCGGGCGGUACCUCAAGAAGGGCCGGUACGCGAAGCGCGUCGGCACGGGCGCCCCCGUCUACCUCGCCGCCGUCCUCGAGUACCUGGCCGCCGAGCUGUUGGAGCUCGCCGGGAACGCCGCCAAGGACAACAAGAAGUCCCGCAUCGUGCCCAGGCACCUGCUCCUCGCCGUGAGGAACGACCAGGAGCUCGGGAGGCUGCUGGCCGGCGUCACCAUCGCGCACGGCGGCGUGCUGCCUAACAUCAACCCGGUGCUGCUCCCCAAGAGGACGGCGGAGAAGGAGCCCAAGGAGGGCAAGUCGCCCAAGAAGGCCGCCAAGUCCCCCAAGAAGGCCGACAAGAAGGCCUAGAGAGAUUUGCUUAGCCCCCUGUAGUGCUCUGUUGUAACAUUGCUUGCUGUUUCGCUAAUGGUGUCGGUGUAGAUCUGUGCUGCGAAUGUCAGAAAUCUCUCUGAUUUGAGCAAAUUGUUGACAAAUUCUUCUCUUCUCGUGGUGGAAAAACUCAGAUCUGUUCGAAUUUGUCAUCAUUUCUGGCACUGGAAAGGCUGGUAACAAAUCUUGUGAUUUGUUUGA